GCCACAGACCGCCUGACCGAACUGCUCGACUCAAACGCUCGCAUUGAGGAGUUGUCCUCUGCUCAAGAAGAGGAGAUUCAAGAAGCAGAAGAAGACUCAGACUACGAAACCUCCUCCGACAGCGACGAUGGCCAAAACGUACACGCCUGGAUGGCUUCAAAACUCCCGCCCAACCUACCCUUCUACUUCGCAUCACCAGGCCCCUUGCAAGAUGAUCUCGAGACUUCCACUUCAAUCGCCCAGGAGAAGACAAUGCGCGAAGUCAUAGACUUGAUGACAGGAAAAGGCCAAACCAUGCUGGACGUAAACACACACGGCCUCCCUCACCUCCUCAAGGCCAAACACGCCGCCUUCCUACGCACAAUAUUGGGCAAAUACCCACCGCCGUUCCAAGUCAUGGAUGCCAGUCGUCCUUGGUUGUUAUAUUGGGCUCUGAAUGGAUUGCGCACUUUGGGCGUGGAUGUCAGUGAAUACAGACAACGAUGCAUCGACACAUUUACACCUCUACAAAACCCAGAAGGUGGUUUUGGAGGUGGUCAUGGACAUCUUUCUCAUGCGGCUGCUAGUUAUGCUGCUACCUUAAGUCUGGCUCUCGUCGAUGGUUUGGACAUGAUCGACCGAAGAUCUAUGUGGCACUGGCUAGGCCAAGUCAAGAACCCCUCUGGCGGUUUCAACAUGGCCGUCAACGGCGAACAAGACGUCCGUGGCGCAUACUGCUGUAUGACCAUCCACACACUCCUCCACCUGCCCCUCGCCCUCCCUCCAUCCUCUCCCGCCCGCGCCGCCGGCCACGAAACCUUUACCUCCGGCCUCGGCGCCUGGAUCAGCAAAUGCCAAACCUUCGAAGGUGGCCUCGGAGGUGCUCCCGACAACGAAGCCCACGGCGCGUACGCCUUUUGCGUCCUAGCAUGCCUCUGCCUCCUCGACGACCCAGCAAUCGCCAUCCCCACCUACCUCAACACAAAGACUUUGACGCACUGGCUCGUCUCCCGUCAAGCGUGCCCCGAAGGCGGAUUCAGCGGCCGCACAAACAAACUCGUCGAUGCAUGUUACAGCCACUGGGUCGGCGGCUGUUGGUCCCUCCUCGAAUCCGCCCUCUCCCUGCCUCCAUCUUCAUACCUCUGGGAUCGCGAAGGUCUGGUCCGCUACACUUUGACCUGCUCACAAGCCAAAAAGGGAGGACUCAGAGAUAAACCUUCCACACGUCCUGAUGGCUAUCACACCAAUUACUCACUCGCCGGUCUAUCAGCGGCACAAUACAUUUAUACCUACGACAAGCCUCAAGUGGAGGAAGAUGCAGAAGAGGAUAUCACUCAAGGAGAAGCAUUGAAAGCGGCAUUCAACUGGUCUUUCCAGAGGCCGACGGAACAACAGAGGAAACAGUGGUGUUUUGACUUGCAAGAUAUGGUUGAGCCCGUCCAUCCUGUUUUUGUGCUGCCGUUUGAUGUCGUCGAGGAAACGAGAUCGAAGUUU